ACCUAUGAUUGAAAUACAAGUCAUUAAUACAUGAAUCCAUUUUUAUGUGUAGAAGGUGUAUAUUUGCCUAUUGGUGAUUCCUAUCCCGUACGUGGCCUCCAUGCUUUCCUGGGGCCCUGUAACACAAAAUGAAAGGUAAAUUAAGCCACUCGGAACAAAUGCUUACAGAAAAGUUGCCAAGAACGACUCUAAGAACAAGUCCCACAGCACAAUGAAAAACUAUGGACAGCCACACGAUAGUGUGCGAGUCACAAUAAGAUCACAUGCUUUGAAGAAAACGUUGAACACGCGACGACAGGAGAAUAUGCGUAAAUAACGCAUAUGACUCAAAUGAAAACGAUAUAAAUAGCUAGUUAACUGCAUUAAAGAAAUAAUUUUACCUGUGACUUGACGCCCCGAUGAAUCUGGAUAUAAAUUUUGCUGUUAACAGCGAUUCUAACCGCACAAUCAUGAAAUGAAGGGGAAUUCUGACUACUGGAGUUGCCAGUAGAGGACUUCUACUACUGGAGCUUGCCUUCGUUAAAGGCUGUGGUGUUGCCGGACCACGUCUCUGCGACAAAUUAAAAAAAAUUUCAAUAUGCGUUGUCUAAAACCAAUUUAACCACUAAAUAUUAUUUUAGAAUUAUUCAAAUUGUCUUUUUUUUAUGUGUUGUAACUUUGCAAUUAUUUAAAGUGGAAAUUUGAGUCGGCAAUGACGCCAUGUUUUGAGCGCCAAAACGUUGGAAAAAAAGCGGGGGAAAGGGGGAACACGCUUCUGUUGUCAGUGGUAACUGUCGGUGUGGGAGAUUUUACGUCGUGAGACUUUAUCAAAAGAAAGUGAUUUUUUGGAAUAUUAGUGUUGUCAACUGUUACUAAGAAGAUGGAAGGAAUAAUGCUGCAUGCCUACGAAACCCCGAAAAGGUGUCGAAUGAAAGAAGAAGAUCAAUCUUUCAUUCUACUAGAUAACUCUGCUCUCACUGGUCAAAGCUGCGUCACUGAUAGUGACGAUUCGCUGACUACUAGAGCCAAUUACAACGAAAAUAGUCUGAAAAGAGGACGACCGAGAGCUGAAGUGAUCAAUAAUCUGAUUAUUGAAGGAUCUUCAUCUCACAGUUCAAUUCGUUGUGAUAUCUGCAAUCGUGUAUUUCCCCGAGAAAAAUCCCUCCAAGCCCACAAAAGAAUCCAUACAGGGGAAAAGCCCUACUGUUGUGAUUACCCUUCAUGUGGCAAAGCAUUCACUCAAAGUGGGCAGCUAAAAACACAUCAGAGACUACAUACAGGAGAGAAACCUUUUAUUUGUAGUGUUGCUGGGUGUAACAGCAGAUUCACUCAUGCCAAUCGACAUUGUCCAGAUCAUCCUUAUGCUGGACUACGAAGAAAUCAUGAGCUGGCCCUUCAUGCCUUGAAUAAUCAAACUGAAAACAACUCACCAGAAGUUCUCCUUUGGCUGGAAAAUUACAGGAAGAGGAAUGAUGAAAAAACACCAGGCAAGUUGUCUGAUACCAACGACGAUACCGAUUCUAGUAUUAGAAUUAAGAAAUGUCGAACAAAGAAAGCCUGCUGGUCAAGUGACUCGCAACAAGAAAACGAACAACAGAAUCAGGAUAAUAACAUCAACAGACAGCACCGUAGAAGCAAAGGCAGCAUCGCCAAAUCACUGCACUAUGGAAUGGAAUCAACUAGUGAUGAAACCCAUUCGAUUCCCCUCUAUCGGAAACUUUGCGAAGCUGUAGAGCCUUCUUCGUUUGGCUGUACUCCUCUUCAAUGGUCUCCGAGGUCGAACAACAACAAGAACAAGUCCAUCAUAACUAGUCCGACUAAAUCGACACCGCGCCGCGACAUAUCAUCCGGAUAUGAAUCUUUGCUUCAGGAGUGCCACCUCAACAGUACCUUGGAUUCCAGUCGCGAAAACGUCAUGAACGAAACGGCUAACGGUUCCAGCGGAUUUUUGGCGCUGCCUGACACACCUGUCCGUCCCGAAAAACCCAAGCGGCGUUGGCUGCGUGAAGCUCUUACGAGUAACAACGAACAGCUCAUUACCAACAUGAACCGACCCAGUGUCAUAAUAGCUUCACCCAGGGUAUUUCAACCCAAAAACACGUCCACACCAGAUAAACCCAAUAACAGCACCUUAAUGCGAGCACUCCAAAACGCCGAAAAACAAUGGACUGGCGCGAUUGCUUUGAUGCAGCUGGCCUCUUCAAGUUCGCAGUGCUGAAAAGAAAAUGAACAUAAUGAAUUCACCAAAGUUUUGUCUCUCUCAAUAACCUAUCCUUCCAAUUCUGUCAAUUUCUAAUCUGCUGUUCCAUUUCCUUGUAAUUGCUCAGUGAAAAACGGUAUUAUUUUCGCUUAUUAUGAUAUUUCUCCAUUUCCAUCACUACUUUAUUUUGAGAACUCUUUCUCGUACCUGAAAGAUGAAUCGACUGUUCUCUUCACUACUUAUUUAAUUUACUCUCUCCUUUCGAUCCAGUGUCUUGAUGAAGCUUUAACCAAUCGAUUCGUGCUUUUGGUGUUUACUCUUUUAAUCUUGCUGAUAGAGAAGACCAAUACUUAGAACCCAACUGUAGUUUUGAAACGAAACAAAAAUUCACUCCAUGUUCGUAAUUUUCUUAGUGCUGUGUGUUUAUGUAUCUCGGCCUUUUUAAUACAAAGCCAUUUUUUCCCACA